AUGCCUUCUUAUGCACUUUUGGCUCAGAGUGCACGUCCAGCGUCUUUCAUACGGCAUGGGUUCAAAGUUGUAAGACCUCGAUGCGUACGACAUUGUCAAGUCGUUUACCGCACAGCUUCAACUUCUGCCGCUUUAGCAAAGGAGGAGCUCAAAGAUGCCACGCAAACUCUGAACGAACGGCAAGACGAAACGCGAUAUUCUCUACAAAAUGUGCGAUCAGUCUUAGCAUCAUCAUUACGUCUCAGAGGCAAAGCAAGUGCUAGACCCGAUUCAAUACUUGAACCUCUCGUCUCAGCGUGCGACUCUCUUCUCGCUUGUGAACUCGGUAGAGAUGUCCGAAUCGCUGUGUAUAGCGAGGAAGAUACCCCGGCUCGUGAUCUCGUCACCGUUUUGCUAGACGAUCCAUUAUCUUCGGAUGCGACUUUACGCUCUGCUAUUCAAACACGCUGGACAACACGGGAAGGAUCACGGAGACGUGCUCUUCUGUUUCGAGCGGCUGCGGUAGAUUCCGACGUUGUUGACGAGAACGCAAUAUCCGUUGCAUCACCGUUUUUCACUCGGUUCUCACAUCCUGUUUCGCUGCAUGGGCUCAGCCACUCGACUCCCAUAAAUGAAACUGUCGCGCAUCUUUUAGAAGCCGAUGUUCUGAUCAUUGUCGUUUCCCCGUUUCAAUCACCUUCCUUCCCCGUCCUUUUCACGCUCUUACGGAACACACAUGCUCUACUAGUUGUGGAUAGUGCUCUAAAUCCUGCAUCUCCAUCAGCAAAACGCCUUCGUUCUCAAGUUGCGGACAAAUAUGGAUGUGAUGCAAGUAGGGUUCUUUUAGUUGACACCUCCCGUGCACGCCGUGGAGCGACAACAUUGUCGAAAGAUCCAUCAUCUGCUACUACAGUCCGUAGUUUUCAGGAAGACGUAUUGGCUUCCGGAAUUCCGGCACUGCUCAAGACUCUAACCGAUGUGGUUUCUCUCGGGACAGCUCGAUUGCGUGCAGAUGCAGAACUAACAAUGACGAAAUACGCUGUAUCAGCAUCAAAGCAGGUCUUACAGACGGCAAAGGAAGAAGUGCGUUAUGUACGCAGUCGCGUCAGUGCGUUGCAGGAACACGCACUGGAAGAACGUGAAUGCGCUGAAGCGGAAAUCUUGGGUGGCGAUGCUGAUUUAGCGACUCCAGACGAACAAGGGAGAAUAGCCAAAGGAGUUGAGAGGGCAGCUGUAGAUAUCAGACCUGUUUUAAAUGGAUUGACAUGGUAUCGGCUGCCGUUUGUCGUAGAUGACGUGAGCGUCCGAGUUGAUAACGCAGUUGAGCGUGCGUUUUCAAGGGAGUUUGAGCAGGAGUUGAUGUUCCAUACUGGUCGUCUUUCUGCGCGUCAAGUGCAUUUGGUUUCACGGACAAUGACUCUUCUUGCUUCUCUUCCUCCAACUUUCCAAUCAUCUCUUCUACAAAAUGCUGUUGCGCAACUCACAUCAGCACCGUCGUUCCCAAUCACUUCAUCUGCACCUUCUCCAACUUAUUCACCCUUAUCAAAUAACUCGACACCAAUCCCAGCUCUACUCACUCCUGUCCGCUCACGUACCGCCCAACUAGCGCACGCAACACGCUCAUUACACCUCUCAGCUCAACGUCUCCUCUUACUCACUUUUUCGACAACCACGUUGUCCACCGUCUCGUCUGCUCUUCUCUAUGUCAACACCACAGCCGAUGCAGCCAGUUCCAUCGGAGCCGGACUACUCGGAACGCUCCUUGGUCUGCGCUGGGCAGUGGGACGUUGGGCGCAUGCACGAGAAAAGUGGUGGGGUUCCUUUAGCCGUGUGGGUGACGGGUUAGCAAGGGAUAUGAGCAGCACUUUGAGAGGUGUGUUGGAUAGGCAAAUAUGUGUUGUGCCCAAUGAGGCAUGCAAAGGAUUGCAGAGACUUGUAGAGAGGCGGGAAAAGGAGAUCGGGGAAGUUGAGGAUGAAGUGGAAAAACUUGCGUCUGUGCUUGAAGGACCGAAGGAGAACACGGCGCGGGACAAGAUUGACGAGGAUAAUGUAAUGUAACCUCGCACGUUUGAUGGUAGAUUGGAUUUCUUUCCCUUGGGCCUUCAGAGCUUGCGCGCCACGAAACAAGUAAGGAUAACAGAUAGAUAGCAUUCAGACAGCUUAGCGUCUCAUCUUAC